AUGCCCAUGCGUGAUCGCCUCAAGUGUGCCAUCUUCGAAUGUUUUCUGCUGCUGGCCCCGGUAGCCCACAGCAGCCUGGAUGGCUGGGCACAGUGGCUCAUCCCCUUGCUGGAUGGGGAGAUCUUGGACAGGCUCAGUGGCUCACCACAGAGGCCGCUGGGCGAUCAGGUGUUAGCAUUUGGGAUCGCAGCCGUCCUGGAAUUGCAGCAGCUGCCUCCAGGCACAAAAGCGGUCUCCUGGGCAUCCAAGGACAAAGUUGGGAUGGGAAGCACAGUUCAUGGGGUUGGGGCAGUGGCCAGAGACCCAUUCUUGUCUUCUGCUCGGGCGAGGUUGGACUCCUGGGUGAGGGUGAGGCGCCCAGAUGACAACGUCUUUGCCAUGAUCAGCUCGUUGCUGCUGCUACUCAUCACAUACAUGGAGGCCUCCCCAUCGAAUCACCCGUCCCUGGCCAUCAUGACCCAACUUGAAGGCACACUCAACUCGAUCGCAGGCAUGCUGCAGAGGGCAGGCCAGCUUGCCUUCUGGGGGGCCCCCCUGUUCCAUGCUUUGGCAUCACUACUAAAGCUGUAUGAGACAGCAUUGGGGCGACUUGCGCACCAAGGCAUUGGCAUGUGCGCAGCGCAGCACGUGAUGCAGCAAGUGUGGUUGCUGGACCUUGUGGAGAUGUACGCACAUGUGGCCCUGGCCCCUGGGGAUGUUGCAAAUUUCACCCAGAAGUUCAGCCAUGGGGAGCGCAGGCAGCUGCAGUGUGGGAUCUGGCGCUUUCUUACAAGUGUGGCACGAUGCUUUGGUAAUGUCCAGCCAGGGAAUGGCACCAAUGCAGCACAUAGCAAGAGCACAUCAUCGACAUCCUGCAAUAACGGAGAUGGACUGGCCAGAUUGUCAUUCGCCUUCGCGAAAUACAAUGGCCUGGGGAUCUGUGUGCUGUCUGAUCCGGAAGCUGCAGACUUCAGCGAUGGGACAAGCUUUUGCCUGCAUGCUGAGGUUCUGCAUUUCUUUGCAGCCUGCAUGGCAGUGCCAGGUUGCCCCAUGGUAGAAGACAGUGGCUACUUUCUGCAGCUGCACUGUGCGAGGUUCAGGCAGCUGUAUGAACUGGGGGAGCAGAGCACAGGCACCAAGGCACUAGCCAGACUACAUCUUGAGGUUGUGGUGUCGGCCUUGCAUAACCAUCGACGUGAAACACUCUUCAAGUUUCUGAGCCUGAAGAUGCCUCAGUACCUGGUGCAAGAAAUAGCACGACUGGGCCACCUGCAGAGGGCUGGGUCGCACGACCAACAGCAAUGGCUGAAGGCGGAUCAAUGGUACCAAAGGAGGCCAUGGCCAAACAUACCUGAGCCGACAGAGAGCGAUCAUGAUUCUGAACCAACGUCAGAGGACACAACGACUCCAAGGACACCAUUCAUUGAGCUUGUGAACUCUCCCCCCUUGCCCCCUGAUGUGGCUUCAUCGCUGACCCUGCACGGGGGUCGCAACGACAUGACCCCACUUCCAAACCGCCCUGCAAACCCUGUGGGCAGAGAUGGCUGCAUUCCAGGGUUUUAUGGUAAAGGAAUCUUGUGCAACGAAGUGCCACCUUUUGAGGAUGCAGCGGGCUGCCAACGGCUGGGAAGCGCUGAUGAUGCACAGCUGGGCAAGGUCCGCUGGAUGGAGUCUGACUGCCAACCACUCAGGCAGGUGUCUGUCGGCGAGGGGCUUGAGUCACAGGGCUCAGCACCACCAGCACUGGAGGGGGUCAGCACAGAAGGUGCAGAAUGUAAUGUCGAGGCUGUGCUUGUGCUUAGCAACGACUCUGCCAUUGUUCCAUCCGUGGCGAUCAGGCAAAACCUGGAUGCCAAUUGUGUACCCAGCAGCCAAGAUGAGGGAGAAAACAACAGGCAUUGCCAGAGACCGGGAGGCCUGGGAUCGGUGGACAGGAGCUAUGCUUCUCCGUGCAGGGCACCCAUGGCGAUCGGGGAGAGUCUGGGUGAAGACUGCGUGCCUGGGCCCAAGGAGGAUGAUUGGAGAAAUCGUUCGGCCACAGCCCUGUUGAGUGGAAGUGACUCCUCUGGAGGCGAGGAAGCCAGCAUCGCAGAUGGCGCAGGUGCUGGUGCUGAGGCUGGCGCAGACCCGCUUGACGAUGCCGCGGGCCUCUGCCUGUCGACAACCCCACAUACAGUGGAUGACUCCAGAGAAGAAAGCUUUGAUCUGGCGGCCAUGGAAAGAGAAGUGCUGGCGGGGACUGUGAAAAGCUCUGGAACUGUGAAUGACACCAAUGCCAAUGAUGAUGUACAACCCACGGACAAAUACGCUGGGUACGAGUUCAAGAUCCCGCCCACCUUCAAGUACUCGGGUGACCUGAACGAGGACGCCCGCAACUUGGAGAUUUUGGAAGAAAUGGACAGGAGGGAAUGGAGCAUUCAGCACGGCAUCGAGCCCGUGCCGUUGCUAUCGGAAGUCAGCCCCACGGGAUCAGAAUUCGGCGACGCGUCUGAGUCAGAGUCCUCAUGCGACGACUUGCACCCCGACGGCCAUGAGGCCGAAAUGAAGCGGGGCCGCCCACCCGUGCCGAGCCUCAACCUCUGGGGCAUGGAAAAGUCUAACGGCGCGCUAGAGUCUGGCGAAGGAGCCUCUGGAACCGGGCACGCCCAACCAUCUCUGCCAAGCGACGCGGUCAUGGUACGGUCGGACCCGUCGGCCGGCUCGUCCAGUUUGGGCCCGUCACGCCACCCUCUGCAUGGCGACGUGAGGCUCCAGAUGGUGGUGGUGCAAGUGCUGCUGGACUUCUUGCUUUUGGUUGAGGCCAAGCAGGAUGUGCUGGGGGAGGAGGAGAGGGCGGAGCUGCAGCAGCUGCUCGCUGACGUUGGCCUGCAUCUAUACAGGUAUAUCAACCACCCCGCAAAUGAGGAAGCCGCAGAUGGUUUAAAGGCCCAUCGGCUGCAGUACAGGCCGUCGUCUUGGAGAUUGAUGUGCCUCCUCCGCUGCUCCCUCUUCGACGCCAGUUUGUACGGCAGGAAGACCCGAAUCCACAAGGGGGACAAGUCGCAGGUGCAUCGCUGCCAACUGGGCGGCGGUCUGUGCCCCCAGGACUGCGUAGUGAAGGUGCUGGACUUCCCCAGCGACCCCUCGCAGCACGUCCCCCUGCUGGACAUCUUCUCUGAGGUGUCCAUCCUGGAGGAGCUGAGAGGCCAGGCGCGCUUCCCGCACUUGUACGACUACGGCGUCUGCAGCGACUCCGCCUUCAUCUCCAUGAAGUCCUACAAGUGCUCGCUAGAGAUCUGGAGGAAGCGCCUGCCCCUCUCCUGCCCUUGGGCCAUCUCCCUCUUCCUGCGCAUCUUCCACGAGACUGCCAAGGCCGUGCAGCAGCUGCACAACCAGCAGAUCGUCCACUUCGACAUCAAGUGCAGCAACGUGCUGCUGGACCCGGUGCCCGGCGUCAGCGAGGCGGAAUUCUGGGCCCCAAAGUACGAUCGGCUGCCCUUUGGUGUCAUCCUCGCGGAUUUCGGAGAGGCGAGGUGCUACAAGGGGAAGGACGUGGACUGGACAGUGAGAAACAGGGGCACGGAGUACAACAAAGCUCCGGAAAUGUUGAGAAUCGCGGAGGCCCAAAAGCGGGAGGGGCCGGAGUUUGAUCGCAGGGAGACCCAUGGCGCCGGUGCAGCGGGCGACGUCUGGGCCCUGGGCUGCAUGCUAUUCGAGCUUGUCACCAGCAAGAGCCUGCAAUACGAUAAGAACUGGGCCAAGUUCUACAGCAGGGUGACGGGCUGCAGGGGGGAUAUUUCCGACGGAGGCGGUGCGAUGGGCGUCAUUGGCGAGGACAAGGCGAGUUUGCUGCCCGCUGGCUGCCGCCGCCAAGUCCUCCAGCUCCUGGACUUCAUGCUGGUGAGAGAGCAGCGCUGCCGGCCCACCGCCGCCUCCGUGGUGGCCCGCGUGGAGGCCUUGCUGGCCGACGGCUCUCUGCCCCCUUUCUCCCCCUGUCCGGACGGCCCCCUCCCCGAUGAAGACGCGCCGGAGGGGGACACGCCAAACCUUAGUCUUCCCCGCCUGGACGGCUGGCGGCUGAACAACCAACCCACGAGGCUUGCCUGGGACUCCCUGCUGGUGUCACUGGCGUGCGCUCGAGACCCCUGGGCCUUAAGGUCCGCCGGGGUGUCCAGGUUGGUGCUGGCGGCAAGGGGCAGGACCUGGGACGCCAGGGAAGUGCUAAUGGCGUGCGCGAGGGCGGGGGUUGAGUGCGUUGUUGUGGACGCCGGCGAGUAUGACGGGAUUGGCGCCUGGGAUUCGGUGGGUCCAGACUUGGCGCGGAGGGAGGAGGGGUUAUGGGAGGGGGCGCCAGGGGGCUGCGUGGCGCUGACGGGCGACAGGGGGUGCAGCGUGGCGCUCACGCGCCUGGCGCUGAGGGCGGUGUGCAGGGCGGGGGCCAGUUCGUUGCACGAAGCCGUACUGGGGCUGAACAGGUUGGCGUGA